AUGAGAGGCUUUGCGCUGCGGCUGGUGAGCUCGGGAGGAAUUCUGAAGGGAACGUUCACAGUUUGCACAGAAGAAAUGUCCACAACUACAAGUCCAGCCAUCCCCUCCUCUCAGCUGACAUCGGACCAGCUCACAGUGCUGGCUGCCUCCUUUUCUUCUCUGGUGUUCUUUGUGGUUAUUGUGGUGCUGCUGUCCAUUAUUUACCGCAAGGAUCCUCAGUGCUGCAGGCUGCGCUCCUAUCAGGGGCCACAUGCAGACAUGGACGCUCCUCCUCAGUACUACAGCAGCAGACAGACGCUGGUGGGAUCUCCUUGCCUCGAGCAGACUCACGUCGUCGACGACAGCAACACUCAGCUGUUCUACGUCGGCCUGCCCUCCAGCUACAGCCUCCCCACCCUGGACCCCCCCCUGCCGAGGCUCCCCUCCUACGAGAGCGUCCGAAAGAAGGACCGCCAGAGGCAGAUCCACAUGAUGAUUGCAGACCGCUUUGGCCUCAAUGGACCCAUUGUGACUGAGCCUCCUCCGACGUAUGAAGAGAGCAUCCGUCAGUCUGUGGAGCUGCCGUACGACAUCCUCUCAUCCAGCCUGGACGUCUCCUCGCCUCCGAGUUUCUGCACCAACGCGGAACCCGUCACUCAGACCGACACGGCUCGUCCAGCCGACACCAGCGGCUCCGUUCUACCGGUGUGACGCCGAUCGAGUCCUCAAUCUGUCCGACGAAUGUGAAAGAUUUCAUGCAGACGGAGUGACCAAAUCGCACGCCUUCUGUAUGAGCUGACUCAGAUACCUCAAGGCUGUUUUUACUGAGAAGCGGCUAAUGUUGAUCAUGAGCUGAGGAGCAACCAAAAAGAAGCUGCAUCUCCUCAAAGGAAAGGGCACAUAUGAAUGUUAAAAACUGAACUCUACAAUGAGGAUCAAAAGAGAAACGCUGGAUCUUCCCAAACUUAAGGUGGCUGGUACAUCUUGAAGACUGCACGACUGAAACAAACCAAAAAGGGAACCACUACUGUCUUCGUUGAUUCCAGCGACGUGGAUUGUGUUCUAAUCAUGAAAAUGUGUUUUUCUCUGUUUGUUCCACUGCUUUAUUUUGCUGAUCCUGAGUGAGAAGCCUCACUAUGGUUUUAAAGAGAGCUGUUUGAUUUUGAGCGGCUGUAAAUCGAUUUCUUUACCCUGCUGAAGAGGCGCCUGUGAGAGUAAAACAAAAGGUGCUAAUGAGAGUGCCUUUCACCGAGUUAAAAAAAGACGUUUAUAACAGACACUUUUUUUUCUUUUUUCUUUUUUUUACCACAUUGCUUCAGUUGAUUUAGUGUCUUUUGAGGCAGAUGGACCUCUGUGAAUUUUCGCUUUUUGUUUU